AUGGACCCCAUAUCGAUCGCUGCGACUGCAGCGUCACUAGCAGGAGCUGCUGGAAGCACUGCUAUUGUGUUGAUUCGACUGGCCAAAAAGGUCAAGAAUGUGGACAUCAAACUAUCAGAGACUUGCGCAGAGGUCCAAAAGCUGUCUGGACUCCUUGUGUCCGUGGACAAGACAGUGAGGCAGUGCCAGACACACGUACCGUCACUUCUAUAUUUUUAUCACAACAUAUGGGGACAGAUUGGAGACACCUUAGUAGACUGCAAGUCCAACAUCGCUGGUCUCGAUCAGCUUCUCAGAAAACUCAGCGUACAUUUCGACGCGGAAGGCAAUUCGCUUGCAACACUUCUCAGAAAAACAAACUUCUAUUUCAUCCUGAGUAUCCACAAGGAAGAGAUUCAAGACUACAAGGUCAAGAUCUUCAAUUCAAACUGGGCUAUUCAGAUGACUUUGCAGUUGGUAACCAUGUAA